GUGUUCGAGCCCUUUUCCUUUAUCCUCCCCGUGCCUAUACUAGUUUCCUUUCCGACUUUUAAAGUAUCCUCUAUCUGGUAGCCCGUCCUGGAUCCUUCACAUUGCGCUGUAUAAACCGAGUUGAUUUCGCCCCCGUUUCGUCCUCGUGGUGGAGUUCCGCCCUGACUGCCGCCGUGAUUGUGUCGCCGCCACGUGUUGAGAGUGUUGAGAGUCGCCGCCGCCGAAGAUAAUAUAAAGUAAAAUCAAUUCAACUCUUUCUUGACAACGAACCGGCUAUUUUUAUUGUUAAUUCACCACAUAGUCCUCCGCUGGCCGGAUCAAGAUUUGCUGUUUGUUGUUCUUUGCUUUGAUUUUGAUUGAGAUUUUGAUUUUGAGAUUGAGAUUGUGCCUUCAAGAUUUGAGUGUUUCUGUCAAGAGCUGUGAUGGAGGAAAGUGAACUGCGCCAGAAGCGAACCUUAGCCAGAGUCCUGUGUCCCAGAGACAUGGAAGCUGCAGUGGAUGAGAGCGCAGAGUGGUGUCUCCGAGAACCUCCCAGACUUCCUGCAGUUUCUGCAGAAGGAGGUGCAGAUGAGAGAGGAUGCAGCUGCACAAGGGACACCAGCCGCCAGCCCAGCUGUUCACCAGAGUCAGCCGUCCCAGCCAAGAUCAGCGAGGUCAGCCACCAGUGUCCUCAGGAUACAAGGCAGGUCAGGCAGGGCUGGUUGGGUUUGUGGAGUGUGCCAGAAUGGGAGGCAUGGCCUCUCUGCAUGCCCCACUUACAGGAGCAUGGAUGUUGCCUCACGCUGGAGGGCCGUCAGGCAGGAGGGCCUGUGUUAUCAGUGUCUGGGGCCUCACAUGGUGCGAGUGUGCACGAGCUCUGCAUGUCCCAGGUGCGGUGAGGCUCACCACUCAUCUCUGCAUGAUGCGGGAGGGUCUGCUGCCCCUGUGCGCCCAUCUGCUGCCUCUGUGCGCCCACCUGCUGCCCCUGUGCACAUGUCUGCUGCCCCUGUGCGCCUGCCUGCUGCACCUGCACGCCAGGGCACUGCUCGUCCGUCACCUGCUGCGCCGCCUCGUGCUGUUGACCGCUCAAUGCACGCUGUAACGUGUGCAGCGCCUGCUGCUGCUGCUGCAUGGUCGCCUGGCUGGCCUGACCAUCUGACCUUCCAGGACAGUCAGACACCAGCGUGGACAGGGAGAGCGCCUGUUGAGCUGCCGUCUGGAGGUGAAGUGACUGGGCACGCCUCUGCCGUCGGUCCGUCCGUCCAGUCGCCCAGCGCAGCUGCCGUCCAGCCGUCCUGCCAAGCCACCAGCCCUCGUGAGGGUAAGCGCCUUUACAAUGUGAACGCUCAGAGCAGCUGUUUUGUUCAGACCGUGUUGGUAGAGGUCAGUGGACCGGGAGGUGUGUGCCAGGUGCGCGCACUCAUCGAUGGAGGCUCUGACUCUUCGUUUAUCAGGUCGUCUCUAGCAGAGAAGUUGGGCCUGGAGACUGAGGAGCAGGGAGUCUUCGCCUGCGUCGGGUUCUUGGAGAGCACUGAGGAGGCCAGAGUCUACGACCGAGUGUCAGUUAAGUUGACUGGCAGACAAGGAGGUGAGGCCACACUGUCUUUUUGGAAAACUGAUCGCCUGUGUGUACCUGUUGGGACGUACAGCCUGCCUGAGAACCUGUCGCUGCCCCCAAGUGUCGUGCUCGCUGACGACUACCGUGAGGGGUCUGUGGAUCUGUUGAUCGGGUGUGAUCAGAUCUACCAGGUUGUGAUGUGGGACCAAGUGGAGGUUGGGCCCGGACUGCGCCUGAUUGAGACGGUGUUUGGUCAUGUUCUCCAUGGGCAGGCACAGAACCAGCAGACUGGACAGAGGCGCGUCUACCGCUGUCAGCUGGCCGACGUGGAGAGGAUGUGGAGCCUGGACGCCGUGGGAAUCUCGGCGAAGGAGACUGCAGACGAGGUGCCACCUGAGCCGACCUGGAACCCAGAGGAGCAGCGUUACCAGAUGGGUCUGCUCUGGAAGUCGGACAGCAGGCCGGCCUCCAAGCUGACGUCUACGGAGCUACGCACCCGACGUCUGGUCUCCAAGAUGAGUACCGACGAGCUCGACAGGUAUGAUCGUCAUAUCUCAGAGUUGAUUGUGAACGGUGUGGUUGAGGAUGCUCCUCUCACAGAUGACCCUGAUGACGCCUUCUUCCUGCCGCACCGGGGUGUUGUCCGGGGUGAUAAGCUGAGGGUGGUUUUCGACGGGUCCGCUCCUGAUGCCACCGGGGGGAGCCUGAACGAGUACCUGAGCCCGGGGGAGAACCUGUUGAGCCGUCUUCCCUCUGUCUUGCUGAACUUCCGCACCAAUGCUGUUGGUUGCCAGGCAGACAUUCGAGCCGCCUUCCAUCAGAUCGUCUUGAAGGAGGAGGACAGGCGCUACGUGCAGUUCCUGUGGGGAGACCGCCACCUGCGCUUUCAGAGGGUCCCGUUCGGUGUGUCAUGUUGGCCGUACAUGCUGUUGCGCACAGUGUGCUGCCAUGUCCGCCAGUGCCUUGUCUCCCAGCCGGAGCUGAUGCAGAAGGUGCAGGGAGCGCUCUACAUGGACGACCUGUGCCCGACGUUCGGCACCAGAGAAGAGGCGGCUGCUGGGAUGAAGGAAGUCAGCAGCGUCUUCAGCAAGGCCAGGAUGGAGCUGCACAAGACCCGCACCACAGGUGAUGUGUCCUCCGAGGACUCAAAAGUGUUGGGUCUGGCGUGGAACACCGAGACUGACCGACUCGCUGUGACCGUGCCUGAGAUGUUGUGUCCUCGCACCAGGAGUGAGCUUCUGUCCGCAGUGGCAAAGCCGUUUGACCCGUUGGGCCUGCUCACCCCGUGGCUGGUCAGAGGGAAGGCUCUGUUCCAGCGGACCUGGUCGGUGGAGCUGACGUGGGACGAGCCGCUGCCUGACGCGCUGCAAGCUGAGGUCGCCGCCUGGUGGCAAGAUUCUGCCGGCAGCACCGUCUCCUUCCCGCGUGCUGCGAUGAUCGGUGAGACCAGUCUGGGCACGCAUGUCUUCUGUGAUGCCUCCAAGACUGCCUACUGUGCCACUGUGUACGUCUCGCAGGGUGGGGAGUCUGAUUGUCAAGUUGUCCGUGACAAUGCCCUUGAUCUCGUCAGUCAUGCGCCGCGGUCAGUCAAGUGGAGCUCCAUCCCCGAGGCCGCCCCGUGGUGGGGCGGGUUCUGGGAACGGCUCGUCGGUGUGACUAAGAGCGCCCUGAAGAUAACGUUGCACCAAUGUCACCUGUCGUAUGAUGAGUUGGCUUUGACGCCGUAUGAACUUGCUUUUCAUCUCAACCUGAGGCCCCUGACCCCUGGUGAUGGAGAUGAUCUACUUACCCCGGCUCACCUGUUGUUUGGGGUUACCACUAUCUCCGGUGUGGUCUGUCCCAGUCUUGACUCUGACUCCCAUGUGGGCAGGACCUGGCGUAACCGGCGCCGUGUGAGUGACCGUCUCGUCCGUCGGUGGACGACCGAGUACCUCGAGACGCUGAGAGGCUGGGCCGCGUCACCGCGCGGCCGCCCCACUCGCCUGCCCGCGGUCGGCGAGGUCGUCCUGCUGCAGGGCGAAGGACGCCGGGGCACGUGGCCCCUCGCCCGGGUGGUGUCGCUCAUCCCGGGACCGGACGGCCGCUGCCGAGCGGCUUUUCUCCGUGUGCGCGGCAAAUUAACGCGGCGGCCAAUCUCCCGACUCUUCAGUCUGGAGGCCGCCGAGUAAGACUCUCGUCCGCGCGCCUGUCGGUGUGUGCGCGGAAUGGCGACUGACGUGCCCGAGUGCCGAGUUGUGCGCGCGUCAGAACUAGAGGACCGUUUCUGUGUGUGCUGAUUGCACUUGGUUGUGCUCAAUGUGUCGCGAAGUGUCGAGACUAGUUUAAGCGCUGUGAUUUGUUUUGUGCGUCUGACUGCGCACUUGUACCGUCGCGAAGCGCCGAGCUGGCUGCUCGCGGUCCGCCCUGUGUUGCCGACGCUUGAGCAUUGGCUUUUGCGAAGUAACCAGAGUUACUUCGGGUGGGGAGUAUGUCGUGUGUUCGAGCCCUUUUCCUUUAUCCUCCCCGUGCCUAUACUAGUUUCCUUUCCGACUUUUAAAGUAUCCUCUAUCUGGUAGCCCGUCCUGGAUCCUUCACAUUGCGCUGUAUAAACCGAGUUGAUUUCGCCCCCGUUUCGUCCUCGUGGUGGAGUUCCGCCCUGACUGCCGCCGUGAUUGUGUCGCCGCCACGUGUUGAGAGUGUUGAGAGUCGCCGCCGCCGAAGAUAAUAUAAAGUAAAAUCAAUUCAACUCUUUCUUGACAACGAACCGGCUAUUUUUAUUGUUAAUUCA